AUGUCGCAGUUCUCGCAGCCUGCUGGUCUUGGAGGGCAGUCGGAGUUAGGCCAGUUUAAUCUCGGGAGCGAGGAAAAGGGCAGGAAGAAGGUCACCUCGAGGAAGAAGAAGAAGGUGGAUGCGAAAACUGAUAGGACAAAAUUGACAGACGAGGAAGAUGAGUUGUUGGUGUCGGCGUGGCUUAACGUGAGCCAAGAUCCGGUUGUGGGCACGGAUCAGUCAAGGGAGACAUAUUGGGGUCGUAUCGCGAAGUACUUCAACACUUACAAAAAAGAAAGCAUGAUGCCGAGGACCGAGAAAGCGCUCAUAAAUCAUAUGAAGCUCAUCACGGAUGCGGUCACUAAAUUUACGGUGCAUUACAGGAGGGUGGAGCAGCUGAACCCGAGUGGCAUGAACGAACGUGACAAGAUGGCUCGAGCGUGCUCCGCAUAUAAAGCAAUCGAGGGCAAACCAUUCGCGUACACACACUGUUGGGUGCUGCUGGCCGAGCACCCAAAGUGGCAUGCUCACGAAACGGCAAAGGCGCAGAAGUCUUCAGUUCCUACUGUGUCCGGAGGAGCAUAUGAAAGACAAUUGCAGGACAUCAGUGAAACAAAGAAAGUUAUGGUGGAGCUUAAGAAGGAGCAGCUGGAGGUGAUGCGGCUCCAAGCCACUGUCCGAAUGAAUGACCAAGAUGAAAGAAUUAUGAAGGUUGAUUUGGACACCGUUUCAGGACCCCUGCGCGAGUAUUAUAGGAAGCGCCAGGAAGACAUAAUGGCGCGGUGGAAGCUCCUGGAGAACCGAGAGUAG